AUGGCAUCCACUUCCGGUAGUAAACGCCGACCCUCAAGGCCAACGUCUCCACCGCUGACUCCUCCACGCCGUGUGCGGCGUCAACGCUUACAAGUAUCAGAGGAAAGGGAAAAGAAAGAGGAAAAGAAAGAGGAAGACAAGCCCCUCAUAAUAAAGAGGCACCCGCGUAGAUAUGGGAAAGAGGUAUACGAAGAGCCAGCCGAUGAUCCUCCUCCUGAGACUAGUGAAGAAGCCAAGAGAAGGCCCAUCUUGGUCCAAGAUUAUCAAGAACCCCGUGGAGCUGAAAGAGAUGAGCUCCAAUUUGCGGCCUAUGAUAUUUUCCUUUCCAAUAACCCCUGGCGCUACCUAUCUCUCGUCAGCGACUUCGCUAGCUCCUCCGCCCUUUCUAAGAACAACCCACUAUCACAACACAAGACCCUCUGGAAUUUCUGCGCCCGUCGAUACCCAAAUGCUUUGUCUCUCAUGCUCGCUUAUCUCCUCAACUCGCCUGAACUUCCCCUUGGUGCCGGAGUCUACACCGUUAAGCUCCUCCACCUGACUCUAAAUCAGAUUCACCGCCAAGAUCCGUCGACAAUUGAUGACCGCGUGCUCUUACGUCUCAAAUCUCUGCUUCUUAACGUUAUCGACAACCAUAAAUCGAUACCUAAUAUGCUUAAUCUAUCCGAAAUAGUCGCCAGGAUGUUUGAAACCCAGAGAUGGCUUGACCUUCUUGAUUAUCUUUUAAAAGCCCUUCAUACGGACUUCGAAACGAGGCAGGAAAUGGCACUCAGAGUGUUAAUAACUUUGCCCGAGGAAGAGUGUUUUGGAGCGUACAGAUUUUGGAAAGUUAACUAUAAAUCACUCUAUUUUAGAUUCUUCGAGCUACUUGAUUCUCCCAGUCUAAUUAUCCAGGCUUUGACAUUUGAUGCCUCUGUUAAAUUGAUACGCCUGCUACGCCUGUGGAGGUUUUACAAUGAAAUUGACGACCUAUUACAAAAAGUGAUUUUGCUCCUACGAGCAUGUCACAUGGACGGUCAAAUCGAUAUCGUGGAACCAAGAAUCAUGGAUUUGGCGGAAUUGGCUAGAUAUUAUACUGGCCAUAUCUUGAAGCGACUUGACGUUGUGUUGGACUGCAUGUUCCAAAUUGCUGUGACUACAGAUGACAACACUUUUCUCAAGUGCAAGGCGAUUGAAAUUAUUAAGAUGCUCGAUGAACAUGCUCUGGUCCAUGUUUCAAAGUUUCUUCAGGAUCUUUCUGAGCAGGCUAAAAGCAGUAUAAUCGAGAAUUGCGUGCGCUUGAUGUUUUGUAUUGCAGAUGUUCCUGCCUGGUAUGAUAUGGAGUCGUCAUCGACUGAACAAGUGGGGGUCUCGGGGAGUUAUCACCUAGGAAAGUUCUUACUAUUUCGGGUUUGCAUGCAUUCACAGGAAGACAUACUAGUUUCCUUUGGAAUUGAGAUGAUACCGCAGUAUUUGACUUCAGAAGAUUGGCAGACACGUCAUGCAGGAUUGAUUGCCUUUUCUGCUAUUGGAGGAGCAUGUGGCCCCGUAAUUUGA